CGGAUGCGCGCGAUUCAGUCAACAAGUAGCUUUCGCUGCGUACGCGCACACACCAGUGCUCGUAACUGACAGUUAUGCCUGUAACCGCAUCUCGUAAUCCAUCGCUAAUUACGACUGGCUAGCUAUACAAAUUUUUGUGAUCUCGUGAGUUCAAGACUGAUGUUGUGAUAUAUAUAAUUAAAUAUGGACGUAUGUGGUUUGUGCGGAUGCCGGUAGCCAGUGGACUCGUCGGCUGUGGUCGGUGGGCACAAUGAGCGAGCUGAAUUGGCACAAAUGGCUAGUGUUGUCGCUGCUCGGAUUGGCUUUGUCCGCUCGGCCAAUUGGCUGCGAUUAUAGUUCCAUCACCGAGAAAUUUGGAGCGGAAGCCGUGGCUCGGUGCAAUGAAAAGUGUCCAUUCCAGAAUCGUACUGGAGAUGGUCACUUCGAUGUUAGCUGCGGAUCUAAUUGCAGUGUACAACAGUGCAGCGUUGGAUGCGGGCUAUGGCGAGAAGGAUUGGAAAAAUCAUGUCAAACUGUCUGCAACGUUACAUCGGAAACUACUAUUUCACGUGAAUUAUAUUGUGUAAUGGGCUGCAAUGAAGCUCUUAAUACAUACUUUCAAAAAUUGAGAGAGUUAAUCGGUACUCCGCCCGCGCCAGCUCUGGUGGCCGACAGCCUCACGGCUACAUCGCUGUCAUUAUUAUGGGAAGCACCAACGCCGGGAAAUUUAAGCUAUUUAGUACAAUGGCGAUACGAGGAGUUACCAGGCACCUGGCAAUAUUAUUCUAAUACUAGUCACUCAGAUCGAUCCAUAAUACAUGUCAAUAAUUUACGGCCUUACACAAAAUAUAGGUUUCGAGUAGCAAUAUUCUUAUCAGGCCGAGGUGGAACGGGUGAACCAUUUUAUUCUGCUCCAUCAGUGGUAAUUUUGACACUGGAGAGUGGAAAACCGAGCUCCCCACCGUCUUCGUUAAGAGCGGCGGCUCCUGACCCGAGCCGAGUUGCUAUAUCCUGGGAACCAGGACCCUUUCCGAAUGGACCUCUUAUAUCUUAUGUUCUAAGACUGACAGACACGCAGCCUAACACUAAUGAUGCUUUAGAGGACAUGCCAGCAUCAAACAACACGCUAUUCUAUAUGUUCCAAAAUUUAGCGGCAGAACGGGAAUAUGAAGUAUCAGUGGCGAUGAGAAACGUGGCAGGCGAAGGGCCAAGAGCAUAUGUUCGAGUGUCUACUCCUCCUUUACCCAAAUCUGUUCCUAGUCAGCAACCUAUACUGAUUUUGGGUGGAGAGCAAAAUAUUUUAGCAGCCCCUGCUAAUGACAUGUUCUCGGAGCCUAUAGAAUUAUACAGCACAGAACACGUAAUAACUGGUGUUGGUCUGGAUAUGUCUAGUGAUUCUCUUUUCACGUCUGUAUCUAACGGCUACGUAUAUCGAAGUUCACUUUCCAAAAAAAGUACAGCAGAACCAAUUUUUACUCCAGAAAAUAUUUCAUGCACUCCUUUAGAUUUAUCUGUAGACUGGUUAAAUAGACAUUUGUAUAUAUUGGGAGAAAUUCACUAUGAUGCCGACAGUUUAAAUCCGCUCAAUGCCACUCAUACGAUAUGGGAAAUUAUACGAUGCGACUUCGAUGGAAAAAACCAAAUUGUUGCUUACUCUGGUUUCAAUUCACGUCCAAUUCACUUUGAAGUCGAUGCUUAUAAUGGAUAUUUAUUCUGGGCAUUAAGAGGUGGAGAUCGUGGUGGCUUAUACAGACUAGAUUUGGCCAAUAUUUCUAAUGGAGUACGUCAUGAGUCACCUCCAGAAUUAAUAGUCAGAGAUGCACAUUUAGGAGCAUUUACUGUAGACCACGCUGAUUUUAGACUCCUGGUCGCUCAUCUCAAACGCAAUACAGUAUUAGCUGUAUCGCUCGAUGGUCGUGAAGUUACAGACUUCCGAAGCAAUACCCAAACACCAAUGUUCUCAGCGACACGAUCUAUUGCCUAUGCAAGCGGGCUCUUUUACUGGACAAAUGGUAGAGAAAUGCUGACUGAAGAGUAUCAUGCACAAAGUGACAGCUAUUUCCAUAAUGAAUAUCCUCUGACUUUUAACAUGAAAACUAUAGCAUCAAGGCAGGUGCUCGUAGCCCUUAGAAGUUGUCAACCUAUUCCAGUGCCUGUUAAUCCUCCGAUUGGAGUGCAAAGUGUAAUGGGUAUUAACCGCGCAAAAGUCUCUUGGUCACCGCCUCAUCUUCUUGGACAUCAAGGAAGCGGCGCUUGGCAACAAUGGACGUUUCAUCUUCAAUUAAUUCAUGCUGUUACUCAAGAUAUUAUAGACAUUAAAAAUUUAAGCGACUAUAUGUAUAUAGUUGAAAAUCUUGAACAGGACACUGAAUAUAACAUCAGAGUGGCUGCUGUUACAAAAUCUGGUUCGGGACCUUGGUCAUCAGAAUUUGUUGGUAAAACACUGGCUUCUUCACCUACAACUUUGCACAGCACGUUGCUUUGGUCAGGACCAGAUGGUCUUUUGCAAACAGAUUUAACAGGAGAUAAUUUGCAAACUUUAAUUCACAGAGCCCACUUAAAAAACUUUUAUAUUACUGAUAUUUCUUGGUAUCGUGACAAAUUAUAUCUAGUCACUAAUGCAUCAACUGUCAUGUGGUAUAAUACUACCUCCCAUGAGAAAGGCUUAAUGUCCAACAUGGAUAAUGUUGGAAGUUUAGCUGUGGACUGGGUGGGCAAGAAAAUCUAUUGGUCGAAUCCUAAACAACAAUUGAUCACUCGCGGUAACUUCGAUGGUAGUAAUCGAGAGCCGGUACCAAUAGUGACAGUUGCUAAAGAGCUCACCAUCGAUUCAUUAGGAGCGUACAUCUAUUGGAAUACAGGGCAUGCUGUCGAAGCUGCACGACUGAAUGGCGAAAAUAAAAUGGUUUAUUAUCCAGCUCAAUUAUUCAGUGGUAAACAAGUGAUGGGCCUUACGGCAGAUUUUGAAAAGAAAUGGUUGUAUUGGUUAGUAAGAAGUUACGAUGGCUCUGAACUACAUCGAGCUGCAACUGCUGAUCAGAUUUCACAGGGUAUAAGUGAGGUGUCCGGCUCCUUAGUGACUCGUCUGGCUGGUACAGCUACCCUAGGUCCGCUAUGUUACUUCAGCGGUCGACUUGUUUGGGUGCAAGAUGCUUCACGCGCGGUUGUAUCCGAUUUAUCUGGCAAAUAUACUGCUGAACUAGUGCCUAGAGUUCAUGUUAUUGCAGUUAGAGAUCCUACAUUACACGCAAACAGCGAAUCAUUGAUAGCCAUUCCGGAGACGAUUAACUCAUCAUCAAUAGCAGUGGUGGGCAAAUGGGACCGAUUCAACGUAACUUGGGCGCCGGCGGCUCGCGUCAAUGUAAAUAAUAGCAGAGUGUACUACGACGUUAGCUUACACUUUUCUGGACAACAUAAAAUUGAGAGGACAGUGGAGGCGCCGUGGCUAGAGGUGGUGUGGCAGGGCGGCGUCGCAGGCGGCGUGGCGCCGUACAGCGCAGCCGACGUGAGCGUGCGCGCGCACACGGCGUGGGGCGGCGGCGCGGCGGCGCGCGCCCGCCUGCACUCGCCGCCCGCGCCGCCCGCUGCGCCUCGCGCGCCCCGCCUCUACGUGCAACCGGCGCCACGCAGCGAGGGUUCGUUGUCCGCGAUAUUCCGAUGGGAGGCACCGGCGCGUGCGAACGGCGUGAUUCGCGGCUAUGAGGCACAGUGCUGGGCGCUGACUGCGGAUCGCGCUGCCGCCGCCGCCGCCAAACCCUCUGCCUGCGCCGACGCUCGCCUUUCGCCCGCGCACACGCAACUCGUGCUCAGGGAUCUCGUCCCUGCCUCCACAUACUACUUCCAGGUUCGAGCUUAUACGGACGCAGGUUAUGGACAAUAUUCUGAAGUAGUAUCAGCGUCCUCUGAUGAAGUGAAUCCCAUUCCAAAAGUAAUCAUAUCUUCACAAGAGUCUAUAAGGAUUGUUGACUUGGACUCCAGUGAGAGUGAAACUAUACCAAAGAGCAUGGGGAUACCAAUUGAUUUUGCUGUGUCUAUUGAAGAAAAUAUAGUUUAUUGGGUUAACAAUCUAGAAGAAAUAUUCUCAUCGAGGAUCAAUGGCAGUGGCCACUAUAAGUUGACUUCAAUCAAUGGAACUGCAACCAGCAUAGCUGUUGACUGGGUAUCACGGUCCGUAUAUUGGUCUCAACUAGAGAUUGUAUCAACCGAGUCCUACGUCGUAUAUCGAGCAGAUCUCGGCGUUCCCAACACUCGUCCCCAUAUUUCACGAGUGUUCGCUAGAAGACAACCUAUUUAUAGCUUGCAAGUUGUACCAUUGCUCAGAUCACUGUAUUGGUAUGAAGAAAGUAUACAUCCCGGCUUAGGUACACUCAUGACUUCAAAAGUAAACGGCUCCAAUAUAAGGAAAUUUUUCAACAACACCGAAAGUACUAAAGCCCAUGAUGAUUGCAAUUGUCCAGAAAAUCCCCAAGUGGCAAAAACGUUUGUUGUUGACAUGACAAAGAAUAAUUAUCAUUUAUACUGGAUAGAUCCUUGGGUGUAUCAGAUUGUAUCAGCGGAUAUCAAUGGUUGUAAAUGUAGGCUGGUCGUCGAUGCUACUGAAAAGAAAAAAUACGGCUUCACGCCGAUGUCGGCAACUAUCGACAGUAAAUUUAUCUAUUGGUUCAAUUCUACAGAAAAAGAAAUAUUUUAUACAAUUAAAAAUAAAAAGAGUAAAGUGCAAUAUGUUAAAACUUCACAUGGUUACAAGAUAAUGGCGAUGGAUCCAGCAAAUCAACCGUACCCCCCAAGACACUGUUUAUUUCCAAUAUCUCAAGUACUUCAACCAAAAGUCUUGACUAAUUCUGCAAAUAGUAUGACUCUCCAACUACCAACCAUCAGUAAACCUCAAGAAUGCUCUCAUUUUGAAUAUGAGACACCGGCGACAGAAUACACAAUAUUCUAUCGUUUGCAGUCAGCGAACGAUAGUACGACAUGUGACAGGGAAUCAUGCCCAUACGUUACAACUACAAGAACUGAGGUCGUUAUCAGUGACUUGAAACCAUUCACAAACUACACAGUUAUGUUAGAAGCUUCAAAUUAUUACGCCAAAUUACAUGAAAAGAAACCAAUUUCUGGUUUUCCAUUAGUUCUACAAACUGCUGCGGAAGCUCCACCGCCUCCAAGAAAUGUGACUGCUGUGGUUUUGAGUCCAGAGCUCGCACGCGUAGAGUGGGUUCCUGACCCUGGACUACGAUACGAACUGCAUUGGCGCACAGAUGAUAACUCAUUAUUGCCACAUAGGCUGAAAGAGCACAACACGUGGGAGGUGGCAGCAGGCGGCGCCGCCAACAUGACGCGGCUGGCGCCAGGCACAGGUUACAUUGCGUGGGUGCGCGCGCGGUCGCCUCACGGCGCGGCCGCGGCCGACUCUCCGCCACUGCGCCUGCGCACCUACCCCGCGCCUGCACCACCCGCUCGCGCCCGCCUCGCGCCGCAGCACGUGCGUCUGCUAUGGCCCGAGCCUACCUCCUACCGCCUGCACCGGUACGCGAUGGAGUACAGCGAAGCAACAGUCCCACCUGGCACUUGGAAAGAAUGUACGAAAACUGGCCCCAGUGAAUGGACUGCGAGUGGAUUGAAACCGCGCACCCGAUAUCGCUUCCGACUUCGCUUGCAGUAUGUACCGGGUGCACCGCCAUACUACUGGCCUAGUGACGACAGCUUCACCUACGAAACUCUUGGCGAUGUACCGGGCGCGCCGGGCGCAGUCCGCGCCGAGCAGCUGGGCGAGCGCGCCGUUCGCGCCUGGUGGGCCGAGCCAGACCCGCGCGGCGCCGCCGUGGGCGCCUACCGCGUCUGGGGCCGGCCGCUACACAGAGAAAAUUACAUUAACAUGACGAAAAAUAUAAGCGACAUUCCAUCCAAUUUACCUUCUGAUAUACCCGAAGAUAUCAAAAUGCAGAUUAUACAAGAAGGUUUAGAACUACUUCAUAAUGGCACAGAAUCAUACUGGCUGAUCGGCGCGGGCGAGGUGUCGGAGGGAUACGUGGUGCGAGUGCAGGCGCGCAACAGCUACGGGUGGGGCCCGCUGUCGGCGGCGGCCGAGCUACAAGCAGCGCCGCUCGCACUCGCACCGCGCCCGCACCCCGCCAUGCUUGCGCUAGCCGUCGCCGCACUCGCCGCACUACUCGUCGCCGUGGCCGCCGCCCUCCUCUACACAUAUAACAACCGUACUAAGAAAAAAGCUGCAAUUGAGAAUCAGAUUCCAAUAAAUGCACCGAGAAGAGGUCCCGAUGUAGAGUUGGCCACGCUUCGUCAACUUCCUAUUAGACAUUCCACUAAUAUAUUAUACAAUCAGGGGGUAUAUUGUCCAACUCACGCUGAAUUGGCCGGGUUACCUCACAUACGUAGGGAACAAAUUACCCUAACAAAGUUCCUCGGUUCGGGAGCAUUUGGAGAAGUCUUCGAGGGUGUCGCCAGGCAAAUCAAUGGUAGCACGUCCGACACUAAAGUUGCUGUUAAGACUUUAAGAAAGGGAGCAACAGAGCAGGAAAAAACUGAAUUCUUAAAGGAAGCAGCGCUGAUGUCUAACUUUAAACAUGAACAUAUAUUACGCUUGCUGGGAGUGUGCCUGGAUAACGACCCCAACUACAUCAUCAUGGAACUGAUGGAGGGCGGCGAUUUGCUUAGUUACUUAAGAGCAAAGCGCGCUUCGCUGUACACACCGGAAUCGUUGACGCUGUUGGACCUGGUGAACAUGUGCGUGGACGUGACGAAGGGCUGCCGCUACCUGGAGGAGAUGCACUUCGUACACCGCGACCUCGCAUGCCGCAACUGCCUCGUGGCGCAGCGCGCCGGUGGCCGUGUCGUCAAAAUCGGCGACUUUGGUCUCGCGCGCGACAUAUACAAGAACGACUACUAUAGAAAGGAAGGAGAAGGUCUGUUACCUGUUAGAUGGAUGGCAGUGGAGUGCCUAGUAGACGGUGUAUUUUCUUGCCAAUCUGACGUCUGGGCUUGGGCUGUAUUGUGCUGGGAGGUAUUGUCAUUAGGCCAACAACCAUAUCCGGCGCGUACUAAUAGGCAAGUGUUAGCGUACGUACGCGCAGGAGGAACGCCUGACAGACCGCCUAAUUGUCCUUCCGUGUUUUACGAGUUACUGCAAAAGUGCUGGAGCUACAAUGCGGAGGCGCGACCAUCGUUCCGCACCUGCCUGGAGGUGGUGACAGCCCUGAGGGACAAGACCUCACCCAACAUCACGCUCACCGCUACCCCUACGCCUGCGCCGCACUAUCUCACGUUGCUCCCCGACGCAUGUUCAGACGCCGUUGACAACCGUACCUACCUGCUGGACGAGAACGACAACGCCUUAGACGAAGACUACCCCGAGCAUCAGAUGGAGCCGUCGCGGCUGCUGCCCGAGAGAGCACCGAAGUACCUUGAGCUGAUGUACGAGGGCGACAGCGGGGACAGCGACGGGUGGGGGGUAAUAUCAGCGGAUGGCUACGAAGUUCCGCUUCCAGCGUCAUGCCGGCACAGCAUAGUCGGUGUGGCGCCGGCGCGGCUGGUUCGGCCGCCGGCGCGGCUAGCUCGCUCGCAGUCGCUACGCGGCGCCCGCGGAGUACGCCCACCUAACGCGACCAUCGUGCCGCUACGACGCGGGUUGACAGCACGUGCCUCCCUUUACGAUCCGCAUACGAGCCCGGCCCGUCCCCGCGUCCCCUUCGAUGACCACGUUUUCAAGACUACUUUCUGAACUGUGAUAUUAGACUACCCUAGUGUAUCAUUCCACCGAGAGUAUCGAGUUGUAAUUUAGCGUCUUAUUUAAUUAUUUAUUUAUAUCUGAUUGUAAAUAAAGGUAUUGACUCGUUGUAUAUAUUAGUGUAAGCCGAGCGCCUACUGUGUAAGCGAAUUUUAGAUGACGCUUGUACGAUGUACGGCAAAUAAUCUUGUAGCCUGUUGUAAUUCCUAAUGAAAUAUUUUUCCUAUAAAUAUAAUUGGGACUUGUAUGAUAAAUAAAACAGGAAAUUACUUAAGAAA